AUGAGCCAAGACGCCAUGGACAUUGAUCAAUCCUCGCAAGCUCCCUCCCAAUCCCAGACCCUGCGCACCCUUACCGCGGGGCCUCUUUCUUCUUCACUUUCCAGCCUCGCCGCGUCCUCCCGCACCAUCCCUUUCAACAAGGACUUCCAUUUCUUCUACAACUUCGACGAUUUCAAGUCCCCCGUGAAGCGAAUCGCCUCCAAAUCGCAGUCACUCCUCCAAUCAAUAGGCUCCUCCGGUGCUGUCACCAAGGAAGAGAUUGAAUUCCCCGGCGACGCCGAUAUCGACUGCGAAGAGGCCUCCGAUUGGUUGGUUAACGUGAACGACGAGAUAUUCGAGCGCUUUGACUCUUCCGCCGAUGAGUUCGAGGUAUUGCGCAAGAGCCAGGAGGAAAAUGCUGCUCGGAACAACUCUGUUAUGGACAGCGAUGGCUUCCAGACCGUCUAUGGGAAGAAGAAGAAGAAGAAGAACGUUUGGAUCAAUCCACAGAGUGGAUUGGCUGGUAGCUCGGUCAGUAAUUACGCCGGUGACUUGGCAGUGAAGGUUGCUGAUAAGAAAGGGAAUGCAGGUGGGAAAGCCAAGAUCCCGUUCCAUAUUCCGUCGAUAAGAAGGCCGCAGGAGGAGCAUAACAUAUUAGUAAACAAUUCCAAUCAGCCAUUUGAGCAUGUUUGGCUGGAAAGGAGUGACGAUGGAUCGCGGUUCGUUCAUCCCCUGGAAAAGCUUUCUGUUUUGGAUUUUGUGGACAAAGAUGCUGGCAGAAUUGAGCCGUCAGUGCCACCUGCUGUAGAGAGUACCCCAUUCAAGCUUGUGGAGGAUGUCAAGGAUUUAAAGGAGCUGGCAGCGAAAUUGCGUGCUGUAGAUGAAUUUGCGGUUGAUCUGGAGCAUAAUCAAUAUCGUUCUUUUCAAGGAUUGACAUGCUUGAUGCAAAUUUCUACAAGAACUGAGGAUUUCAUUGUAGACACUUUAAAGCUUCGAAUACAUAUUGGUCCUCAUCUUAGGGAAAUUUUCAAGGACCCAACCAAGAAAAAGGUCUUGCAUGGUGCCAAUCAAGACAUUUUGUGGCUUCAGAGGGACUUUGGAAUAUAUAUAUGCAAUAUGUUUGACACGGGGCAGGCCUCAAGAGUACUGAAACUGGAAAGGAAUAGUUUGGAAUAUCUUUUGCAUCACUUUUGUGGAGUUGUUGCCAACAAAGAAUACCAGAAUGCAGAUUGGAGAUUGCGUCCUCUUCCUAGUGAGAUGAUUAGAUAUGCUAGAGAAGAUACCCAUUAUCUGUUAUACAUUUAUGAUCAGAUGAGAUGCUUGUUGCAUUCAAUGCCCAAAGAACCUGAAAGUUCUGAUACUCCAUUGGUGGAGGUGUACAAGCGAAGUAAUGAUGUUUGUAUGCAGUUGUAUGAAAAAGAGCUUUUAGCAGAGGAUUCGUAUCUGCAUAUGUAUGGCUUGCCAAGUGCCAACUUCAGUGCCCAUCAGCUUGCCAUUGUUGCAGGCCUGUAUGAAUGGAGAGAUGUCGUGGCCCGCACUGAAGAUGAGAGUACGGGUUAUAUAUUACCAAACAAAGUUCUACUUGAGAUCGCCAAGCAGAUGCCUGUAUCAACUGGCAAGUUGCGCCGUGUACUAAAAUUGAAGCACCAGUAUAUUGAGCGUCACCUCAGCUCUGUUGUACAAGUCGUUAGGCAUCAAUUGGAAAAUGCUGCUGCAUUUGAAGCUGCCGCUCAGCAACUAAAGGAAUUGGCCUUGGAAAUGGCCUCACGGGAUAAUGGUGAAACAAAUGAUGGUUCAGAAGUUCAGGAUUUGCAAACUGCCGCCACUCCCUCAGAAACUCCAAAUGUCAGAGCACAAAAGAAUCAUGGUGCCAAUGCAAAACAUGCUGGCUCAAGUUCAUUGCCAGCAGUCAGCCCUCCAAAGACUGAGAAGAAGCCUUUGGCGCAUGUUAUCAGUGAAAAUGGGAAACUCGGUGUUGAGACGCCAACAAGGGUUCCUCAAUCAACGAAUCAAAGAGCAGUAGUUGUCUCAAAAGGCUCGGAUUCAUUGUCUGAUAUGUCUCCUAGUACAAAGGUUUCAGGUGCUACAGUUCAGGUGCAAAAGAAGACAGGAGGCAUCUUUGGAGCAAUGCUCGGGAAUGCUUCAUUGAAGAGGCGAGCAGAUACCGAUAAUAGGGAUAAGAAAGACACGAAGCUGGAAAAGAUUAAAUCCAUGGUUAGCCUUCCUUUUCAUUCAUUUGCUGGAAGAGACGAUGAGCAGCCAUCAAAACCAGAAGUGAAAAAAGAGGCUGCACGUGUUUCACAGCCUGAAGAACCAGCAGAUGCUGCCCCGGCUAGUGAGAUAAUAAUGUUUGAUUCAGAGUCUAAUGAUCGAGGAUUGGAGACUGAUUCAGAACUGGAGAUUGAUGAAUCAGAGGAUAAUAUCAGAGCGAAGAAGGAAUCACCGGAGUCUCCUCCACAAGGAGACGAUGAAGCUGAUCAAACUGUUUCUGUAUCUGAUCUGUCUUCAAGCUUCGUGAAGUGCUUCCAGUCUAAAGAUAAGAAGAGGAGCGGAGAUCCAAACUCGGGGUCUAUGGAACCAAGUGGUCUACCCGAUGUGAAGCCAUUUGACUAUGCUGCUGCAGCCGAAAAGCUAUUGAAGUUUGAGCGACACUGGCCUGGGACUGCUAAAGAAUCGGAAGGGGUUGUCGGUAGAAAGAAGCCGGACUUGAGGGAAUUAGUUAGGGGUAAAAAAGCAGCCGAAGGCAGCAGUGAGAAAGACGAUGGGACAACGUCAGAGUUUCGGCCUGGUCGGAGGCGCCAUGCUUUUCCUGCAAGUGGCAACCGAAGUUACAGUUAUCGGUGA